UAAUGGAAGCCUGAUCGUACACCAGAUCCUCCUUUGGCCCUUCAUUUCCAUCUUCUUUUCUUUUUCUUUCUUUCUCUCUUUCUCCCCGUCUCUGUUUGGCGUGGCGUCUUCAACUACCCAUUUCUUGGACCAUUCUGAUGGAUUGCUUCACUCAGAUUUUUCCUUUCUUCCUCUGCUCUUAACCCUCGGGUUUCUUCUUGGUUGCUUGUGUACAUAACUACUGAAGUUAUGUACAUAGUCUGCCACCAUCCAACCUUUUCUCAUCUUCUUCCUUCUUUUCUGUUUCGUAUUAUCCCGAUUGAUCAGUUCUGAGAACCACCAACUCUCUAUUUCGAUCGGUUAAUUAUUAGGGAAGAAGGAUUUCCCUAUUACUUGUUUUUCUUGUCUUCUUCUGCAUACCAAUUCUGGAAGCGAUUCAAAUACCAGCCGCUCCCACGAGGAGCGCAUCGACGGCAUUCAGAUCAUCGGCCGUCGGAAGGACGAGAUUGAGGCGGCUGCAUGAAGGAAGACUGCCCUUUGGAGACCAUGCCGACGCGGAACUGGGCAGCAUCGCUCUCUCCCGGAUGGUCGCCAAUUUCAUAGACGGAACCGACCGGCGGAAAGCCAGACCUGUGGCCGUCGACAACGAUUCCGGCGUCUCCCUGAAAAAUCUCAAGGAACUCGUGCGCUGCACUGACGGGCGGGAGAGGAAGCUGCUAGAAGAGACGAGGAGGUUGGUCGGAGGCGAGCCGGAGGGUGGCGGUCAUGGCGAUCAGGAGGUGAGGGCUCGUGUCAGGGAUGGGCUUUGGAGCUUGGGGUUCAACGCGUCGAUCUGUACAUCCAAGUGGGACCAGACGCCCCGCUACCCACCUGGGCAACACGAGUACAUAGACGUCGUCAUCGACGAGGCGUAUCCGCGCACGCCAGCAGCGCCGGAGAACCGAAUCAUCAUCGACGUCGAUUUCAGGUCCGAGUUCGAGGUGGCGCGCUGCACCCGCCACUACGCUGCCAUCCUGCGGAACCUGCCGGAGGUGUUCGUCGGGAGGCAGGACCGGCUGCGCCGGCUGGUCACCGUGGUCUCCGAUGCGGCGGUGAAGUCGUUGAGGAGGGAGGGCAUGCACGUGGCCCCUUGGAGGAGGCCCGAGUACAUGCUCCGCAAAUGGUUCAGCCCCGUCAUCCGGCGCGGCCGCCCCGGCCGUCCCCCUCGUGUCUCCCCGUCCCCCCUCGCUGAGUUCGUUUUCGACCACCAAGUUGGCGAAGAAGAAGCCGAUGAUGACGAGGAAGAAGAGGAAGAUGUCGAAGAAGAAUGGGAAGAAGAGGAGGAAGAAGAAGAAGACGAAGACGAAGAGAGAGCAUGGCGCACCCCGGCUUUUCCUCCUAGAGUUUUCCGUGGAAGGGUCGGCCCUUGGGCUCUCGCCUGACUUCUGAGAUUUUUCUUUUUUUUUGGCUGGUUGCACCAGCUCUUAGCGUGCUGAGAGAGUCUUUCCGUGGGAUUUUACUUUUCCUUUUUUCGUUUCUAUUUGUGUGGUCGCCAUUAAUGAAUAUAAGAAAGAAACCAUACUUGGUUUUUCAUCCACAGAUUGCAGCAGAGCGAAUAUACCGAAGAAGAAAAUAUUUGA